UGACCAAGCAUGAAACUGCACACAGAACCUAGCGAGACACAGAGCUAACGGAUGAAAUCAUAUGCCAUGGCCAGGAAGCAGUACAAGAGGAAGCAUGUGAGUAGAAAGGGGAACUAACUGUGAGAAAAGGAGGGAGCAGAGAGAGCAAUCUCAAGAAUAACAGCAGGAGAGAGAGGGCGCUUAAGCAUUCGCUGACAUCCGAGGCUCAAGAAGUGAAUAUUCUGGGAGAGAGAGAGAGAGAGAGACAGGAAGCCCCAGACUCAGCAAGUGGCUCAUAGAAGCCCCUGUUGGCUGCUGCAGAGUCAGUGUCAAGGAAAGACUACAUCCUACAAGCCACCAUGAGCCUCCAGCUGGCAAACAUCUUCCUGCCUUUGCUCUUCCUCCUCUGUCUGCAUCUGGGAGCUGCAGAAAAUACUGCUGCUGUCUUUGUGGUGAAUCAGACACCCCCUUCUAUCCGUGCAAUGGAAGGGUCAGAGUUCACCAUCGAGUGUACAUUCAACACAAGCAAUAAUUCAAUCAAGUGGUUUGUUGAAUGGUAUAAAACCAUAAACAAUGUAACAGAAAAGGUGUCCAAUGGAACAGAUCGAAUCAUAACAUCAGAAGUUAAAGAAAAGAGGUCUCUUUCCCUCACUGUGAAGAAAGCCGACGUCACGGAUUCUGGAACCUACGUAUGUGAGGUUGGGAACAAAGAUGGGACAUCUCGUGGGAAUGGAACCCAAGUGACCAUCGAUCAAAUUACUGACCUGAUGGUGAAUCAAACCCCAACCAGUGUCAGUGAUUUUGAAGGCUCAGAACUUACCAUGAAUUGUACAUUCAAGACAGUCAAUAACAGCACCAUGUAUGUGCGAUGGUAUCACUAUGGGACUGAGGGACUAAAGAAAGAGCUGGUGAAUGAAAGCGAUGUGAUCACAACCCUGCAUUUGGACAAUGGGUUUGCCUCUCUCACUUUGAAGAAUGCGAAUUCAUCUGAUACAGGAACCUACGUGUGUGAGGUGGGGAUCACAGCAAGGAACCUCUCUGGGAAUGGAACAGGAACCCAAGUGACCAUCGAGAAUUUUCCCGAGCUGAUGGUGAAUCAGACCCCAGCCAAUAUCCCUGUGUCAGAAGGGUCAGAUCUCACCAUGGAGUGUAGAUUCACGGUAUGGAAUAAACACAAGACCUUGUAUGUGAAAUGGUAUAAACAUAAUGGAACUGGGGGAACGAAGAAGGAGCUGAUGAGCGAAAGAGGCGGGGGCCCAGCAGCUCUGGCUUUGGAAAAGGGUUUUGCUUCGUUCACUCUGAAGAACGUGAAUGUAACUGAUACAGGAACCUACAUGUGUGAGGUGGGGAGCACAGCGAGGAACUGGUCUGCGUCAGGAGCUGGAACCCAAGUGAUCAUCACUCCUGUUGACCUGCUGGUGAAUCAGAGCCCUGCCUGUGUCAAGGAAGAGGAAGGGAAAGCGCUGACUAUAGAAUGUAAAUUCAGGGUCCCGGAGAAACCCAGCACCAAGUACUCUGUUAAAUGGUAUAAGAACGGGACUGAUGGACACGAGAAGGAGCUGAAAAACGAAACGGGCUUAGUCACAACUCUAGAUUUCUCAACAGGCCUGGCGUCUCUCACCUUGACUAAAGCCAGCGUGAGUGAUUCUGGGUUCUACAGAUGUGACUUCGGUAAAAAUGGCCGUGGGAAUGGAACCAGAGUGACGAUCCAGGCUGUUGACCUGCUGGUGAAUCAGACGCCUGCCGUAAUGAAUGGAUCGGAAGGAGAAAAGCUCACUGUAGAGUGUAGAUUCAAGGUGGUGAAAGACUCCAGCACCACGUACAGUGUUACGUGGUAUAAGAAGGAGGCUGAUGGACAUGAGAAAGAGCUGAAGAAUGAAACAGGCAUUGUCACAACAGCUCUAGAUUCCUCAAAGGGCCUGGCCUCUCUCACCUUGAUCAAAAUCAAUAGGAACGACUCCGGGCUUUACAGAUGUGACUUUGGUAAAAAUGGCGGUGGAAAUGGAACCAGAGUGACCAUCCAUGGUAAAUAGCAGCAUUGUCCUCUCAGAUCUUCACUGUAUUUCCUAGGGAAGAAUAAGGACUAGGAAAGGAAGAGCUGAUGCUAAUACUUUGCAU